CCGGCAGUCAGAGCGGAAGCCGCUGCGCAUGCGCACUGAGCCUGACCGCUCCCUGCCUGCUUCACGGCGUUCCCGGUACAGGAUGUCGAAGAACACGGUGUCUGCCCGCUUCCGGAAGGUGGACGUGGACGAAUAUGAUGAGAACAAGUUCGUGGACGAGGAGGAGGCCGGAGAGGGGCAGCAAGGACCGGAUGAGGGGGAGGUGGACGGAGCUAUCCGGGGAGGGAACAUGGUAGGUGCUCUACAUGCUGCUUUAAAGAAUCCACCUAUUAAUACGAAGAAUCAGUCUGCAAAGGAUCGAGCGGAGAGUCUUGUGCUGAAAGUGCUUGUCUUGUUCAAAACAAAUGAGAUAGAGAAAGCAGUUCAGUCACUAGAAAAGAAUGAUGUGGACAUGCUAAUGAAAUACAUCUACAAGGGCUUCGAGUCUCCAUCUGACAACAGCAGUGCAGUCCUACUGCAAUGGCAUGAAAAGGCUUUGGCCGUGGGUGGAGUGGGUUCUAUAGUCCGGGUUCUGACUGCCAGGAAGACGGUUUGA